CAGAACUCAGACUUUACCAAAUAAAGACAAGGUGAGUUGUUCGUAAACCAAAAGUAGAUUUAUUUCUGUAUUGUGUUAUUCAAUUUCUGAAAUACAUGUAAUAAUUAUAUCAGAUUUCGGAUACUUUCAACAUUUGCGGGCUUUUCGUGAUAUAUUUCAUUUGUGGUUGUGAAAGCAAAUAGAUACAAAGUAAUACUUUGGGGGAUGUACAAGUAAAUGAUGAAUUUUUUGACACAUUUUUUUCCACAAAAAAGUAAUUCACUACAUGAUGCUGGUUGUUGGGAAUUUUUUGUUGGAUAUUCUUCGAAGCAGUUGCUGAACUUGUAUUUUUAGUUGUGAAGUCGUUGGUCAAGUUUCAUCUCUGUCAUUAUGUUGACCAGUGGGGACGCUGUCCAUGGUCCUGCGCUCUGAAUGGAGUUUUUACAUGCAUGGCAAAGCAUUACUUUGGUGUGUCGUGGUGAAACACAACUGAUAUCGCUCAUACUAUACACAUUAGAACCUGCGAUGUUGUGAACGAGGUUUUAUUACAUUUUCCAUUGGAAUCAAUUUUUCAUCUGCUUGGACCUUCUGCAAAUUUAGGCUAUAUUUAUGUAUAUAAUAUGCAUAUCUUUUUUGUCUUUGUAUAUUAGCACCAAAAUAACAGUUGAUGUCGCUCGAGACCACAAUAUUCGUGAGGCUCCUUUUUUUUCCCAGGCUCCUCCUCUCCGUACGAAGCAUCAGUAGUCCACCCCUGCUUUGUCAGAAAAUACACACAUGGUCACAGAACAGCUACGGGCUUCGUCUGGUAUUCAUCUUAAGUGUGGACAUGUUCGACAAUGAUAAUUUCUUUCAUUCUGUGGCAGCGAUGGGACGUAGAGGACUAACAGUCACGAUUUGGAUACAAAUAACAGCGUUGCUUUGUUUAUGGGGUGGGUCUACAGCGCAGCUCUCGUUCUCCGUUUCCGAGGAGGUUGACAAAGGAACGGUCGUGGGAAAUCUCGCUAAGGAUUUACAGAUUAAUGUUCACGACUUGGAAAAACGGGAUUUAAGAGUUGCAUCUGGCAAUUCUAAGAGAUAUUUCGACGUGGAUUUUAAAACGGGUGCUCUCUAUGUUUGCGAUCGGAUUGAUCGUGAAGAGCUCUGUCCAAAUACGGAACAAUGUUCCCUGAACGUCGAAGCCAUUCUGAGCCACCCAAUCACUCUGCAUCGCAUAGAGGUACAAAUUAUUGAUAUUAACGACAAUGCGCCAUAUUUUCGUGAAAAAGAAAAGACUUUCAAUAUUUUGGAAUCUUCUUUUACCGGGGAGAGAUAUCUCCUCCCAGUGGCUAACGACGCAGACACGGGCAGUAACUCGGUAAAAAGCUACAAGCUGACUCCAAAUGAGUAUUUCUCUUUGGACGUACAGAGCGGCGGACAGCACAGCGAGUCUGCUGAGCUGGUGCUACAGAAAGCUUUAGACAGAGAGAAACAGUCUGUUAUCCACCUUACUUUAACUGCUCUGGACGGAGGAAAACCAGCAAGGUCAGGGACGUUAAAAAUAGUGGUACAUGUUAUAGAUAUGAAUGACAAUGUUCCGGUAUUUAGUCAACCUCUGUAUAAGGCCCAGGUCAGUGAAAACGCUCUAUUUCAGACACCAAUACUGACUGUAACUGCUACAGAUUUAGAUGAGGGAAUAAACGGUGAGAUUGUGUAUUCAUUUAUUGAGAGAGGGGAUUUCAAUCCUGAGGCUUUGUUUUCGAUAAACCCAGAUACAGGGGAAAUACGUGUAAGGGGAAAAGUAGACCAUGAAGAGAAUACAGCUUAUGAUAUCCGUGUGCAGGCAAGAGAUAAAGGUACACCUUCUCGAAGUGUGCAUGGUAAAGUGUUAGUGGAAGUAACUGAUGUUAAUGACAAUCUACCUGAAAUCAUUAUUACCUCUCUUAUGAGCCCAGUUAGAGAGGAUGCUGAGGUAGGUACAGUGGUCGCUUUGGUGACAGUGACUGAUAAGGAUGGGGGUAAAAAUGGUCUCACUAGUGCUAACAUUCUCGGGUCGGUGCCUUUUAAACUUAAGCUAAACUACAAAAACUAUUAUUCAUUGACAGUCGAUGGACCCCUUGACAGAGAGAGUGUUCCUCAGUAUAAUGUCACCAUCAUAGCUACUGAUGAAGGCACCCCACCUCUCUCCAGCACCAGUGUUAUUCCUGUUCACAUUUCUGAUGUGAAUGACAACGCCCCAUUGUUCUCAGAGCCUGUGAUUAAUGUAUAUGUGAAAGAGAAUAGUGCAGUGGGAGCUACUAUCUUUACUAUAACAGCAGUUGAUCCUGAUACAGGAGAAAAUGCAAAAGUAACAUAUUCAUCAUUAGAUGGUAUUUCGAAAACUAUUCCAUUGACUACUGUUAUUAAUGUCAACUCAGAGACUGGAGACAUAGUCAGUCUGCAGUCUUUU